CCACCAAUGAUAUCGCCCUUCUCAAAUUAUCCACACCAUUCGAUCUCACGCGACCGAACAUCAGUGCCGUGAAUCUCCCCGCCACAAACAAUUCCACGCUGCCAAACGUGAAUGAAUCGGGUGAAAUGGUUGGAUUUGGAAUCUAUUUGCAUCCUGACAGAAUUCCAACUACCGCUCAGUUAGCAACAUUUAGAGUUGAUACACACCAAAGAUGUGCUCAAGUCCACGCAGCGUACAAUCCGUUCAAUCCUAUUUACAACUUUUGCGUCGACGACGAUGUAACAAGACGCUUGAUGAAGCUUUCCGCAGUGUAUCAUAUUUUAUUAGGUCAAUGUUGUUUUUGGCGGCUUACUUUUCCACCGCCUAUGUACACUUUGUUAUUUGGGUCGAUUCUCAGUAUGGUUUGUUGGUUUGAUAUUGAGAAAUAUAUAUUUCUGGUUGUAGUCAUGAACAAUGAAAUAUCCCGAGCAAUAUGUUUAGUUUUCAUGAACU